UGCUUGCAGUGCUUAUUCGCCCAUUCCGGGAUCACGGAUCGAAUUUCAGCAAUGAUGAACAGCCAUGCAGCUUUGCCGAAUUCCGGCAAGGUUAUGUUACUUCAAUGUAUUGCAAAUAUGGCCGCAUCAAAGGAAAAUGCUGCAAUCCUGAAACAAACCAUUCCACUGGUAAUAAAGCGUCUGGAUUCAUCUCUCGAGUUGGAACGAACAGUGUCAUUCCAGGCACUCACUAACCUGUCAUUUGUAAUUGCUCCAUCACAGAUCGAAAUAUUCUUACCUGUUAUACCUAUUUGCUUAAAAAGGCAAGUUUUCGUGAACGCUCCUUUUUCAUUUAUCCAUGCAAAUAUACAACAUAACUCUUCAGUUUACCAUCAAUUCCUGGUGGGGCUUUGGGAAAAAGGUGAAACAAACAUCAAUUCACUUCGGUUGCUGAUCAAUCUAUCCUGUUGCCCGGACAUGGUUCCUUAUAUCCUAGCCGCAAAGACAGUAACGGGGCUACUCUCGAUUCUGGAUACGGAUAAGCCGGAGAUACUUCUGCGGGCAGUAACCUGGCUGCUAUGCAUGUCAACCGCAGUACAAGCACUCUCCGUGACCUACGAAGUCAUCGCUCCGCUUAAUCAGGAUCCCUUCGCCAAUCCCAAUUACACAGUUUAUUUCUCCAUUUAUGCUCCAAAGGGCAAGAGGGAACUUGUAAAACGACUGAAUGAAAUAGCAACAGGGGCAGAUGAAGCAGCGAGGAAGGCGAAACAGUUACUGGAGACACUAGCUAAAAUCCCGGAUGCACGUUCGCUACUUUCCAAUCUCAAUCGAUUGUAA